AACAGAACGGAACGGAACGGAACGGGCAGCGGGCGCAGCCAUGUCCUUCUGCUCCUUCCUGGGGGGAGAGGUGUUCAAGGACCACUUCCAGCCGGGUAUUUACGUGUGUGCCAAGUGUGGCCAUGAGCUGUUCUCCAGCCGUGCCAAGUACGAGCACUCGUCGCCCUGGCCGGCGUUCACCGAGACCCUGCGGGAGGACAGCGUGGCCAAACGCGAGGAGCGCCCGGGGGCGUUGAAGGUGACCUGCGGCAAGUGUGGCAACGGGCUGGGCCACGAGUUCCUCAACGACGGCCCCAAGAGGGGCCAGUCCCGCUUCUGAAUAUUCAGCAGCUCGCUGAAGUUCGUCCCCAAAGGUAAAACUGACCUGAAGGAGAAAUAAGUGAGCUGCUGCACCUGCCACUGCCCUGGGCUAAUCCUGCCUCCACUCCUGGGAUGCACUGACCUGCCAAGGGACCCACAGCAGGAGCAACCCCAAGGAGGCUCCUGGUCUGAGUUUCCCCUGAUUUCCUGGUCACGGUUUCCCCUUGAUUUCCCUGUCAAGGUUUUAUUCCCUCAUUUCCCUGUCAAGGUUUUAUUCCCUGAUUUCCCUGUCAGUUUUCCCUGUUGCAGUUCCCCUCGAUUUCUCUGUCACGGUUCUCUCCUGGUUUCCCUCUCACAGUCCCCCCUGGUUUCCCUGUCCUGGUUCUCUCCUGGUUUCCCUGUCCAGGUUCUCUCCUGGUUUCCCUGCCCAGGUUCUCUCCUGGUUUCCCUCUCACAGUCCCCCCUGGUUUCCCUGGCCCGGUUCCCCCUGGGGCUGUUCCAGCUCCACCCAGGAGCUGCUGUGCCUGUGCUGAGCCCUGGAUCUUUGCUGUGACAGUGUCCAGAGGCAGGCAGGCUGUGCUGCAGCCCAGGCAGGCUGUGCUGGCACUCCCAGGCACUCAGGCAGGAUUAGCUGGGCUCAGGCUCGGGGUUAAUCCCUGGAGCUAUUCUGGGAUCAUGCUAUGAAGUGCCCCAUAUAAACCCUGCCAGGGUGCUGGGGCAGGGAUGUUUGAUGGUCCCACUGGCACAUCCAGGGGUUUCCCCCUGCCCACCCUGCAGGGACGGUUCCACAGCGCUGACCCCGACCCUGCCUGGCCUUAGCCCUGACUCAGCACUGUGCAAUCCAUCCCGGGGGCACUCGGGGCCCUGCUGGCCCUGCCCUGUGGGAGGGAGCUGGAACUGGGCCCAGGGGCUGCCCUCGGCACUGCUCAGGCUCUGGGAAUUGUGGCUGUGCUGCCUCGGUGCUCCCAAGGGCUGCCACACUCAUUCUCCUCAAUCCAGUGCCUCGUUCCUGCCUGUCCCAGGAGCCAGAUCCUCCUCUGGAAUGGAUACACCAGGAUUUCAAUGAGGGAAGGGGCUGCUGCUGACCCCUGGGGUUUGGGGGGCUGCACCCACACUUGGGGACACCUUGGGGCCUUUUCUCUCCCCGUGUUUUCCCUCAGUCCCACAGAUCUGAGGGCACCGGGGGAGCUUUGCCACCCCAGCUCAUUCCCUGGAGCUCACUGCUGGACCUGUCCAUGCUGAAAUAAAGCACUGAUUCACUGU